AUGCCGAAGCCUUCUUGGAGCUGUCUUGGGGCCCUGCUGGUGGCCCUGCUGUUUCAGACCUCAGAGUCAGUUUAUCCUCGGUGCCAACUGAGCACCCGGUGUAGAAAGGACAAGACACAAGAGCAAUGCCUCAGAUCCUGCAGUCCAGCUGUUGCACUCGCUGGAGCACAUGAGCCAAAAGAUCUCAUAAAGCGAAGAGAUAUCUAUAGUGGCAGCCUCAGCAGUGAUGGAGAGAAUGUAGAGAAAAAGAGACAGGAGCUAAUGCAGGGGGAUCUCCCGGACCUGCUCUCUCUAGGAGUUUGGGGAGAGGACAAAGAAGUGCAAGAAGAGGGUCUGCCACUCAUGCGAAAAGCUAGAGAAUUAGAUAACAAAAGGUCCUAUUCCAUGGAGCACUUCCGCUGGGGGAAGCCAGUGGGUAAAAAGAGGCGCCCUGUGAAGGUCUUUCCCAAUGGGGUGGAAGAAGAAUCUACAGAGUCCUAUUCUGUGGAAUUCAAAAGGGACAUCCCCAAUAAGGAAUACAUUGAGGUUCCUGACGUAGCUGAUGAUGAAGCGGAGGAUUCCCCGGGACCAAAUGGAGAGAACAAAAAGAAAAAAAAGCGUUAUGAGAUGCAGCACUUCCGGUGGGGUACCCCUCCUAAGGUUAGAACUAAGCGGUAUGGUGGCUUCAUGGUUUCUGAGAAGAGUCAUACCCCUCUCAUGACACUGUUCAAAAAUGCCAUCAUCAAGAGUGCUCAUGAGAAGGGGCAGUGA